AUGUUAAACAUGGCUAAAAUCAUGAGAUGGGCCUCAAAUGCGCUUCGAAGGCCUCCGUCGCCUCCCAUAUAUUUUCCCACUAGCGGCUUCGAAACUGUUCGUCCCGCGGAGGUGCUUGACGAGGAACGGUUUGAGCAUUUCAAACAGGGAAAAUACUAUCCUGCUAAUAUCGGCGACGUGCUGAGUUCCAGAUACCAGAUCGUUGGUAAACUUGGUUUUGGGACUACUUCCACCGUAUGGCUCGCCCGUGAUCUUGAGGGUCAUCGAUACGUGACACUCAAAAUCUACACUCGUGACGAAGAGAACCAGGGAGAGUUUCAGAUUUACAAGCAACUGAACCAAGGGAGUUCAUGGCACCCUGGCCAUGUUCAUAUAAGGAAAGCCCUGGAUCUCUUCACAAUCUCCUCUUCGAGCGGUGACCAUCCGUGUCUUGUUCAGAACACGAUGUGGGAGAGCUUCAAAGACCUUCUGUAUCGUAAUCCCAACCAUCGAUUUACUGAAGAUCUCCUCAAAUCUGGUCUUAUGCAAAUAUUUCUUGCACUUGACUACCUACACACUGAAUGCAAUCUUGUCCACACAGACAUCAAAAGCGAUAACAUUCUACAAGAAAUAGAAGACAGGUCCAUCCUUGAAAGUUUUACCCAAGCUGAGUUGAAAAGCCCAUCACCCCGCAAAAUCGUCAAUGGUUUGCCGGUAUAUGCUUCACGACGUUUCGACUUGCCGAAGGUGUUUGGCCGAGCGGUUCUGAGUGAUUUCGGCUCUGCAGUACGAGGAGAUGAGAGGAGGAAUCACGAUGCACAGCCAAAUAUUUAUAGAUCGCCGGAGGUAAUGCUGAAGACUGAUUGGAGCUAUCCGGUUGACAUAUGGAAUGUUGGUGUCAUGGUGUGGGAUUUGUUUGAGGGGAGACACCUUUUCUAUGGGAAUGAUCCUGAUGGCAAAGGGUAUUCGACCCGGGCGCAUCUUGCAGAAGUCAUGGGUAUUCUCGGGCCACCUCCUUUAGAUAUGCUCCAGCGUGGAAAACGAAGCCAUGAAUUCUUCACCGGCGAUGGGAAAUGGAAGCAAGAUAUAGAAAUCCCGGCAGGAGUCAGUUUGGAACUGUCAGAAGAGAUGCUUGAGGGAACAAACAAGGAGAUGUUCAUUGCUUUCAUGAGAGGGAUGCUUCAGUGGCGACCUGAAGACAGAAAGACAGCGAAGGAUCUACUUCAGGAUCCGUGGCUGAAUGGUUAG